AUGCACAGCAUCACCGCGAUCACAGUCAACCGCGACUUACUUCAAGAACUGAUGCUGCCACGACUGUUUAGUUGGUCUCAGGACCUCGACUACUUCAGAGCCACCCUCCAAUUGUUCAAUAUUACAGAAGACACAUUCACGGAAAUACUUCAACAUAGUUCAGCUGUAUCCGCUCACGCGACUCGCAUGAUCAGAGUUAUGGAAGCUCACCAAAUGGUCCACUUCCUUAACAAAAGGAAAGUGCGAGUCACGAAAGAGGACGAAGAAUAUCGACUUAGUUCACAGAUGCACAUGCCACCUCCUUGGCCGGAGGAACCGGAGUCGUACAUCCAAACCCUCCGUUGGUGGCGGGACAAUUAUUCAGAUGCGCUCAUGAUUAGAGCCACGGACGAGUACUUGCAGAUCUCGUCGAUGGACAGACGUCUGCAAGAGCAAGCCCGCGGCCCAGAGCGCCAAGUAGUUCAACACCCAGCACAGCCUCUGAGGUCAAUAGAGGUACCAAGGCUAGAACCAUAUACUACAUGGCCCACAGAUAAUCCAAUAUUGCCUCCCGCUGUGCCCCCCCAGGCUGGACAACGGUCCACCUUUAGUUCAAGGCCCGGCCACGAGCCUACUACAUUGGGCAAGAGAAGGACUAAUACAGGUGACACAAGUCGUGACGUAGAACCUCCAAGAUCCAGGUCACGUCUUAGUUCAGAAUAUCGUUCACCCAGUCGUAGUUCAUCAAGAAGGCCACAGGGACGCCCAGCAGCUCCACACCGCUCUCGAUCGGCUUACCCAAGGCGCACGGUGCCUUCGGAAUCGCAUGGAAGAGUGGAGCCCUGCGUCUUCUGUCUCAAAGACGGUCAUUAUAGUUCAGAUUGUGACUCGUAUCCUUACCUCAGCGAUAGAGCUCAUCUGGCCGCCAGGGACGGUAUUUGCAGCAACUGCCUCAAGUCACACUUCGGGAUAUGUAUCCGCAAGGAUCCUUGUAGCAUAUGCUACGAGGAGGGUCACCAUAGGGCAUUCUGUGUCCAAAACUCCUUUGCCAUCUACGACGUAGACGCGAGCCCUGAGGAGUUCUAUGAUCAACUCAGGGUUCAAACCUACCGUCAACCACCAAGGGGUGCCAUCCCGCGUCGUCGGUAUGAACGCUCUUAUCACGACCGUGAUAGGAACGUUGAUGUCGACCAACCAGGGCCUUCCAACCAACCGCCUCCGGAGCGGGAACGUUCUCCGGAACCUUCCGCUUCCGGCCUGGGUCGUCAAAUGGGCUUCUCACCAGCCAAUAGCGAUGACUCUUGGUGA